CUUUUUAAAAUGAGAGAAACUUUGUGAGUGAAAGCAGGGGACAGCACAGUCUUUUCUACACAUUUAUCCCAAGACGCACAGGGCGUCACAUGAAGCAAAGACAUGACAGCUACCGAUUCUCAACAGCGCACCCUGACUGGAUGGGCGAGACCACCAGCAAGAUGCAGAAACCCCCUAAACAACAUCAAGUUCUUUGUAUUUUGCCACAGCCUUCUUCAGCUGGCCCAGCUCCUUGUGUCUGGGUACCUGAAAAGCUCCAUCUCCACCAUUGAGAGACGAUAUGGCUUCUCCAGUCAGAAGUCCGGGCUUUUCGCCUCCUUCAAUGAGGUGGGGAACACAGCCCUAAUUGUGUUUGUCAGUUUCUUUGGGAGCCGGAUCCACCGUCCACGGUUCAUUGGGGGAGGGGCACUGAUUGCCAGUCUGGCAGGGGUCCUGAUCGCGCUACCACACUUCCUCACUGGGCCGUAUGAGUUCAGCCACUCCGCCAGCAGCACCCAGAACAACAGCUCAGGUCUUUGCCACACAGAGAGAACAUUCUACACUGAAUCAUCUCACCAGAAUUGUACACAGCAGGAGAGCAAUGCCCAUCAGGAAGUGUUUCCCAUCAUGCUCCUUGGCCAGUUGUUGCUGGGAAUUGGUGGUGUACCUGUACAACCCUUUGGAAUCUCCUACAUAGAUGACUAUGCCAGCAAGAACAAUUCUCCAUUCUACCUUGGCAUUCUCUUUGCCGUAACAGUGAUCGGUCCAGCUGUUGGUUUCAUGCUGGGGUCCUUCAUGCUUCGUUUUUACGUGGACAUUGACAAACCAGGCAAGAUGCCUGAGCUGACAAACGCAGACCCCAGAUGGGUGGGUGCAUGGUGGCUGGGCUUCCUCCUGGCUGCCGGUUUCCUCUUCCUCACCUCGCUGCCCUACUUCUUUUUCCCCAGGAAGAUGCCUAAAGAGGAAACCACAGGGCCCGAGGCAGAGAAUGAGGUCAAAGAGGAAAAACCCAAAUCUGACCCAUUUAAGGAUCUCUCACUUGUUGAGUUCCUCAAAAGUUUUCCCAGCAUAGUGCUGAGAACUCUGAAGAAUCCCAUUUACCUCCUGGUGGUUUUGGCACAGGUCAACCUUGCUGCAAUGGUGGCUGGAUUGGCCACUUUCAUGGCUAAGUUCAUUGAGCGACAGUUCACAAAAACAGCAUCCCUUUCAAACAUGAUCAUAGGUGGUGUGAACAUUCCAGCAGCCACUGUAGGUAUCAUGGCUGGUGGUGCAAUAAUGAAGAGACUGUCAAUGUCUGUGAAGGCGUCAGCCCUGAUGUGCACCAUUGCAGUGCUCCUUUCAGUUGUCUUUGGCCUUCCACUCCUCUUCCUUGGCUGCCCCACACAAGAUAUUGCUGGUGUCUACCCCCUCAGAGAAGAGAUUCCCCAGGCGUGUGGCAAGUGUUCCUGUGAGACUGAGGACUUCAACCCUGUGUGUGGCUCCAACGGAGUGGAGUACAGAUCCCCAUGUCAUGCUGGUUGUAUGGCACAAGCUCUGGACACAGCAGGGAAAGUUCUGAACUACACAGACUGCAGCUGCAUCGGUUCCGUCAGCUUUGCGGUACCAGGAACCUGUGGCAGCAGAUGCUCCCACUUCUUUCUCCCCUUCAUUAUCUUCUCCGCCCUGACCGGUUUGGUGGCAUCCUUCUCACAGACCCCUUCCUUCAUGAUGAUACUGAGGACUGUGAAGCCAGAGGAUAAGUCUUUUGCCAUUGGGGUACAGUACAUGCUCUUCAGAGUGCUGGCCUUUAUGCCAGGCCCAGUGCUGUAUGGGAGCGCUAUUGACACAACAUGCAUUCUGUGGGGGAAAAAGUGCAAAAAGAACACUUCUUGCCAUUACUACAAUCUGGAUCUUUUCAGACGAAGGUUCCUGGGACUCCAAGUGUUCUUCAUCAUUGGUGCAUUCUUCUGCUUCCUGCUAUCCUUCCUCGUGCUCAGAAAAAUGACAGUAAGACAGCAGCAAGCAGGAAAGCCAGAUCACCCAGUUGAGGGGGACAAAAGUGAUGGAAGCAAUAUGUCUAAGAUGCUGCUGAGUAAGGCUAGGGAGGCAGGGCACACUCAGAGCACAGUGUAACAUUACAUUAUAUUACUGGCAUUUAGCAGACGCUCUUAUCCAGAGCAACUUUCGUCAAUU